AUGGCAUUAGCGGAUAGAAAGACGCCACCAACCGAUACGGAGCACAUAGGAUGCCCAGUUUAUAGUACGCAACGUCGGGAUAUGUUCAGAUUUAUGCGCUGGAACCUGUGGUUCACCGCUAUGUGUCGCCUGCCACUCGAGUAUUAUUUUCCCACUUGUCUACGAUGCCUCGCCAACACACUGGAUUGGACAUAUGAAGUGUUUUUAUAUUUUACUUUACUACACAUCGACAUACUCUUCAUGUGCACCAUAUAUUUGAAUAAGGACAAAGGUGAUUUGGCACUUAUAGUGAGUUGUAUGAUACAAACAGUUAUCUAUACAUGGGCGCUAAUCAUUAAGGUCUUCUUCAAACGUGUCAAGCCUAAGCGAGUGGCGAAAUUAAUGCAAUAUUUGAAUAAUGAAUGCCGAACUCACUCAGCCGCUGGCUUCACUUAUGUAACAGUAAAGGAUAGCGUCGAAUUAUCAAAAAAUUGGAUAUCCAUAUUUUUGAUUUGUUGUUAUGCCGGCGUAACAUUUUGGUUAUUUGUUCCGAUCUUUAAUGCUGAUCGUAGCCUCCCUUUAGCCUGCUGGUAUCCAAUCGAUUAUAAGGUACCCGUUAUUUAUGAGAGUAUAUACCUACUUCAAACCAUCGGUCAACUACAAAUCGCUGGAGCUUUCGGCUGUACAAGUGCUUUCUACUUGCUUGCCUGUGUGUUGUUCUCCGGCCAAUUCGAUGUACUCAACUGUAGUCUGAAGAAUAUCUUAGCUACCGCGUAUAUAAAUUUAGGAAAGUCCAAAUCGGAGCUUUGCAAACUUCGCGACAAGCAAUAUAUUGCCGACAAGGAACUCAAUCAGUAUUAUUGUUCUAAGGAAUACAAAAGCGAUUUGGAUUGCCUACCACAUUUGAUGAAUGUGGCAACGCCGAAGCCAAAAACUUUAUAUGCCGCAUUCAAACAGGCAUUUAUACCCUGCAUAACACAUCAUCGUUACAUACUUUAUGGCUUACAAAUGUUGGAAGAUAUAUACAGCUUGUUAUGGCUUCUAAAAACGAUGGAAGUUACAGUGUUAGUGUGUUUGGUCGCAUUUGCUUGGGUGAAAUCCACCACUGCCAAAUCAUUUCUCAGUAUCCUGUCUUUAAGUCAAUAUUUACUCUUAGCUCUUUGGGAAAUGUUCAUGAUUUGUUAUUCGGGUGAAAUCAUCUUUCUGAAUAGUCAACGCUGCGAUGAAGCUCUACAACGUAGUCCAUGGUACUUGCAUGCCAAUGAAAUCAAACAGGAUACUUUAUUUUUCAUACUGAAUGCUCAAAGACCUUUUCGUUUGACUGGUGGCAAAAUGUUCGAUUUGAAUGUGGAGAAGUUUCGUAGUAUUUUAACAACAUCUUUCUCAAUUUUGACCAUUUUGCAAAAAAUGGAUGUGAGACCAACGCAGCCGAAGUGACUUAAUAUUUAUGGUUUAUUUAUUUUGGAGCGAAUGGAAAAUGUACUCGUGAACUGGCAAUGAAAUUUAAAAUACAUAUAUGGAAUGCAUU